AUGCAAACCGGAACCGGAAUCAGUUGCAUCGUAGCCAUGGUGGUGAACUCAGUCGAUGCAUUUGCUCCGCGUGCCGUCGAUCGGAGUCAGUCGUUUUUGCAGAAUCGCUGGAAUCCGUACGCGUCCGGCCCGGGGGAUGCGCUUGGGCCCGGCUUAGGAUUCGAUGGCCCGGGAGGGCCGGCCUACCACCACCAUCCGCCGGUUCACCACCACCACCCGCACCACCAACACCACUCCGUGGUGCAUCAUCCACUCGUGGUCGCCGCCGACGGAUCGCAAGGAUAUGGUGUGACGGCCGACGGAUACGGAGCCAGCGCGCACUCAGGUAGCAGUGGAGGGGGUGGUUACGAUUACCACCCACCUCCACCUCCUCACCCUCCGCCACCUUCCAUCAUCCAUCACCCGUUGCCACCACUCUGGCCGGGGCCGUCCGACGGUGGAAAGAGCAAGGGCAAAGGAGCGGCUCUUUCGGCGCUCACCUUGCUGGCAUUUCUGUACUUCCUGAACCUGCUCCAGAGCUGCCUCAAGGAGCACAUGGACACGAUGAACCCGACGGUGAUGGUGAUGACGGCGGGCGCAAACCGGCGCAAGUUCUACAUCGAUCGGAUCGACUCGAGCGUCGACCCGGCGACGGCAGGAAUCGGUUCGGAGGAGGACGAUACCUCGAGUGCGGAAGAUGCGGCCGCAGCCUACGAGAAGCUCUCCGAUCGCUAUCAACUGCUAACCACCUCGAACAGGACUCGAAACCCCUUUAAGCGUCCCACGUACCGUGGUCGGAACAAGCCGCCAGCUCCGGGCAGGAAAACUACCUCGAAUCGGUACGAAAAGUCAACGGGAAGUGACGAUCGGUUCGAAAGAUCAAGUGACGAACGUCGAAAGUGA